GUCAGCUCCUUAGGAAUGCCAUUGAAUUAACGUAUAACUUCAUUGUCAUAGUUGUUGAUUUUAUUGUGAUGAACUGUGAUAGAUUUUAAGCACAGAGCGUGUUAGUAAUUUUUUAAAAGGUUAAGGUCGGCUUUGCGUAACGGUUUUAUUUGAACAAGAUAUUUCAAGUUUUAUUGUUACAUCUAUAAAAAAUUGAAUUUUAAGCGAAUUAAACAUCCAAUCAUGAGUAAGAUGCCAAUAUCCAAAGAAGUGAUUUCUGAUAGCGACUCUAGCGGUGCUUCAGAGGAGGAAGUGAAACAAAAGAGUAAGCCAAGACAGCAAGUGAAAAAGAAGCAGGAAAGCUCUGGUAGUGAAUCUGAGGAAGAAAUGAAACAGAAGACUAAAUCAAAAGAAAAGGGACAGAAAAGUUCUGACAGUGAGUCGGAUGAUAACUCAAUGUCAAAAAAGCGUUCAAAGAAAAGCAAGGAUGAUAAUGGAUCCAACAAAAAGGCAAAAACACAAGGUUCAAUGCAAGAAAACGAUCAAGGUGAGGUCUUCUGGGAUUUAGGUGCUAGCAAGCGUAUUACUGUUCGCUCAUUUAAAGGCAAAUUGCUGAUUGAUAUUAGAGAAUACUAUGAUGAUAAGGGAACAAUGAAACCUGGCAAAAAGGGAAUUGCUUUGCAGACCACAAACUGGAAUGCCUUAAAGUCCGUUUUUGAUGAAGUAGAUAAUUAUGUCAAAUCGCAGUAAUGUGUUUCUUAUUUAUUAAGUAUACUUAAAUUUUUUUAAGUGUUGAUUGGAUAAAUUAUCAAAAACUUUGUACUUUAUUUUCAUAAUUAAAAAUGGAAAUUUGAAACUCAA